AGUAAUAGCUUUCGCCAUUUACUAAGAUAAACAAUAUGGCUCUGCGACUCGUGGCCAAAAAUUGCAAUAGUCUGCUGCAGCAAAGUCGAAGCUGGCUCCCAGCAACUGCAACAUGGAGCCGCACAUUAGCCCAUUACCCCAUCAACGAUUUGAUGUUUGGCUUGAAUGAGGAUCAACAGAAGUUGAGAGAGGUGGCCUUCAAUUUCUUUCAAAAGGAGCUGGCACCUCAUGCCAAGGAGAUUGACAAGUUGGAUAGCUUCAAAAAUCUUCGUCCCUUCUGGCGAAAAUUGGGCGAAUUGGGUUUCCUUGGCAUAACUGCGGAGCCUGAAUAUGGAGGCACAGGUGGCACUUACUUGGAUCACUGCAUAAUAAUGGAGGAAAUUUCGAGAGCGGCUGGAGGCGUUGCCCUUUCUUAUGGCGCAAACUCCAAUCUGUGCAUCAAUCAGAUCACCAAGAAUGGCACACACGAACAGAAGGAGAAGUAUCUGCCCAAACUGUGCAGUGGUGAGCACAUGGGUGCCCUGGCUAUGUCGGAGCCUGGAGCCGGAUCUGAUGUCGUCUCAAUGAAACUGCGGGCGGAACGUAAAGGCGAUUACUACGUUCUGAAUGGUAGCAAGUUCUGGAUAACUAACGGAUCCGAUGCCGAGACUAUGGUCGUAUAUGCCAAGACAGGAGCGAGCGGAGUUCCAGAUAGACACGCAAUUACCGCCUUUAUAGUUGAGACGGGCUGGGAAGGAUUCAGCGUCGCUCAAAAGCUGGACAAACUGGGCAUGCGUGGCAGCAGUACCUGUGAGAUCGUCUUCCAGGACCUCAAAGUGCCCGCCAAGAAUAUACUAGGCAAGGAGAACAGAGGCGUCUACGUGCUGAUGUCGGGUCUUGAUUUUGAGCGUUUAGUUUUGGCUGCCGGCCCUGUAGGUCUCAUGCAGGCCGCCUGCGAUGUGGCCUUUGACUAUGCUCAUCAGCGCAAACAAAUGGGCAAAUUGAUUGGCGAGUUCCAGCUCAUUCAGGGCAAGAUGGCUGAUAUGUACACCAAUCUGAGUGCUUGUCGCAGUUACCUGUAUGCCGUGGCUAGAUCCUGUGAUGCGGGCGUUAAAAGCAGCAAGGAUUGCGCCGGUGUUAUCUUGUACUGCGCAGAGAAGGCAACGCAAUUAGCUUUGGAUGCAAUACAAAUCCUUGGCGGAAAUGGCUACAUCAAUGAGAAUCCAACUGGACGCAUUCUACGCGAUGCCAAACUAUAUGAAAUUGGUGCAGGCACUUCGGAGAUUAGGCGUUGGCUGAUUGGACGUCAACUUAACCAGGAAUACAAGUAAAAAGUGAUAUUUAUACAGUGAAAACAAUCUUAACCAGACAGACUAUUUGUUGCAUUUAUUUUGUGUAGGAACGGUAUUGUAAAAAUGUGAAUGUUUAUCUAUUUCUAACUAAAACUUAAAAACUCUGAAAAUGUUAUUAAAAUGUGUAUAAUAAAGUAAUUAUUACGAUUAUCGCAA